AGUCACAAUCGUUCGAGAUAAGACUACGUUACCACCAUCUUCGUCUUCACACUCUGCAACACCUCUCAACUCAACUCAACUCACCUUACCAUGUUUUGUCUCAAAUCCUCAAUCUCAUCCUCGCCUUUCACACAAUCCACUACUCAUGGAUUAUUCACUAACUCGAAUACCCGACCCGUUACUCCAUUACCACGUACGGUUUCCUUUACCGUAACCGCUUCAAUGAUACCCAGAAAAGGCUCAGCCAACAUGAUUCCCAAAAACCCUCCGGCAAAGCGACAGCUUUACCAACCAUUCCGACCACCGUCAUCUCCGAUUCCACCUCAAUUCCGUUCACUCGAUUCCGCCGGUAAAAUCGAAAUCCUCUCCGGUCGAUUAGCUCUCUGGUUCGAAUACGCACCACUCAUCUCUUCCCUCUACUCCGAUGGCUUAACUCCUCCCAACAUCGAAGAGCUCACAGGUAUCACAAGCAUCGAACAGAACCGUCUUAUCGUCGGCGCUAAAGUUCGUGACUCGAUUCUUCAAUCUCUCCAUGAGCCGGAGCUCAUCGCCGCGUUCGACACCGGCGGUGCAGAGCUUCUCUACGAGAUUCGUCUCCUCAGCAAUACGCAGCGUGUUGCGGCGGCCACGUUCAUCAUCGAUCGCAAUAUUGAUUCCAAAGGCGCGCAAGAUUUGGCGCGAGCCAUUAAGGAUUACCCUAGCCGACGCGGAGACGUUGGUUGGUUGGAUUUUGAUUACAAUUUACCAGGAGAUUGUCUCGCCUUCUUGUAUUACAGGCAGAGCAGAGAGAACAAGAACCCAUCGGAACAGAGGACCUCAAUGCUUCUACAAGCAUUGGAUGUUGCACAAUCCGAAAAGGCCAAGAACAAGUUAAACAAGGAUCUUUACGGAGAGAAGGAUGAAGAUAAGGAGAAGGAGAAGAAAGAGGAAGUCAUAGCUGUUCGGGUUCCGGUGGUGAGGCUCAAGUUUGGAGAAGUAGCAGGAGCGAGCUCGGUGAUAGUUUUGCCCGUUUGUAAAGCAUCGGAAGGGGAAAAGAAGAUUCUUGAAGCUCCAAUGGAGAUCAUAGCCGGAGGAGAUUUCAAGGUGGUUGAGGCGGAGAAAGGAUGGAGAAGAUGGGUUGUGCUUCCUGCUUGGAACCCAGUGGCAGCCAUUGGGAAAGGCGGUGUAGCGGUUUCUUUCAGGGAUGAUAGAAAAGUUUUGCCUUGGGACGGAAAAGAGGAGCCUUUACUGGUUGUCACCGAUAGGGAGAGGAACACGGUGGAGGCUGAUGACGGGUAUUACCUCGUGGUAGCUGAGAACGGACUGAAGCUAGAGAAAGGAUCAGAGCUGAAGGCGAGAGAUGUGAAGAAGAGUUUAGGGAUGGUUUUGUUGGUGGUGAGGCCGCCAAGAGAAGAUGACGAUGAUUGGCAGACGAGUCAUGAAAACUGGGACUGAUAUACAGAAUCAAUACCCAUAUAUCCUGUAAUAGAUUACUGAGUUAUAUAAUCAUGUAAAAUUUUUGGAUAAAGUUGGAAACUUUUUGUUCUAAGACACAAUCAGAAAACAGAGCAAGAUUUUCUCUAUUU